AUGGUAAAGCUUUUUUGUGCGAUUGUUGGUGUAGAGGGGAGCGUGUUCUCUGUAGAUAUCGAUGCAACUCAGUCUGUGGCCGACUUGAAAGACGCAAUCAGACUGGAGAAACCGAACGACUUAAAGGAUGUCGAUGCAGAUAGGCUGCAGCUCUUUCUGGCCAAGAAAGACGCGGGCGUUUGGUUAUCGUCUCGCUCGGAAGACGUGACGAAGCUGAAGAGGGGUCAAAACACUGCUCUCGUCGAGUUGCUGACGGGACAAGAUCAAGAACUACAGGGAGAGGACCCACUUCAGGACUUGCUAAACGGAUGUGAUCCUCUAUUAUAUCGACAAGUUCACGUGCUGGUGAUAGUUCCGCAGCCCAAAAUGAACUGGAAGUGUGCUUUACAGAGGCCUUUCCCGUAUGAUCCCAAGGACAAAUAUGUAUCGCUUUGA